UAAUGAGUCAAAACAAGAUAACAAAUAGAGUUCCUACAGAAAACCAAUAAGCAACAAAAGAGAUUAAAGAUAAUAUCAUUCAUGAAAGAAUUAUGUAUUUAUUUAUAUUUAAAAUAUAGAGGUCCAAUUUGUAAAGCUCCUGGUUACUUAAAAGAUCAAUAUAUUAAACAUGGAUACAGAAUUAACUUCAAAAACAAGAAGGACGUUAUAAAGAGUAUGUUCAUGUGGCAUAAUGAAUUGGUCAAUAUUUGGACACAUUUAAUAGGUGCUAUCAUCAUAGUCUCACUAAUAUUUUACCUAUGGUUAAAUUAUGAUGAACUCUUUCGUCAUAGAGCUAUAUAGUCAUUCAAUGGUACAUGAAACUACCAAUUAUGUAGAAUCAUUACACAACAUUUAUGAACAUGCUUUCACUCUAGAAUAAUAAAUCUAAGAAUAAUUGGAGAAUGGACUACACCAUUUUUAAGACGAUGUUUAAUUGAUGUAGCAACAAUUACAUGAAAAGAUUGACACAGUUAACAAGUAUUUCAAUGAAGUGGCACAUUAAUAUGAUUAAGAAUUUUCAAAAAUCCAAAAAAAUAUUGCUGAAGCUUUUGAUUGGGAAAACUUAAAAUGGAAUUAUAAUAUUUCAGAAAUCAUUUAAGAUUAUAAAUAGAAAGCCACAGAAAUAGUAGAAUCAAAAGAUUUUGAUUGGAUCGAUUUAUAUUUAGAAUUUCAACAUCUUACAGGAAGACAAACAAUUGAUGAAGAGAAACUACAUAAAAUGAUAUCUAGAUGGCCAUUGAUAGCAUUUCUAGUUUCUGCCAUCAUUUGUUUAGGUUGUAGUACAACUUAUCAUCUUUUUUAUUGUCUUUCAGAAAAUGUUAACAAAGUACUAAUUCGAUUAGAUUAUGCUGGUAUAUGUUUUCUUGUUUCAGGUUCGACAUUUGCUCCAUUAUUUUAUGGAUUCUAAUGCAAUCUAAAAUAUGCAAUCAUAUAUGCCAGUUUAUAAGGCUUUUUUGCAAUAAUUCUCUUUAGUUUCUGUCUAUUUGAUUUCUUCUAUACUGCAGAAUGGAGAUCAUUAAAAAACAAAUUAUUUGCAGGUCUUGGAUUUACAAGUGCUAUUCCACUCAUUCAUUUUGCAAUAGGUGAUAGCUGUUUAGAAGGAUAUAGUUUUGAAUCUUAAUUACCUUAUUAUGCUGCUAUGGCUAUUUCAUAUUUGUAUAAUAUUCAUUUAUAUUUAGAUCUGGAUUAUAUAUCUAUAAUAUUAGAUUUCCUGAGAAGUAAAUCCCAGGAAAAUUUGACAAUUGUGGACAAAGUCAUCAAAUAUGGCAUAUUAGUGUUGUAAUUGCUAUUUUAUUCACUUAUGUUGGAUCUUUGAAUGCCUAUUAUUAGAGAUUAGAUAUGCCUUGUAAAGCAUGA